AUGGCAUAUCAAACGGACCGCGUGCCCAUCCUGUUCAAGACGUCCGAGCCCCGCCGCGGACGCCUCGCGCCACUGCUGGCCGUCGGCGUGCUGGCGGUGUUCGCCUUGGCCAUCUACGUGCCAUCAACAGUGUUCCGUACCACCACCGCCAACGUGACGUCCCUUCGUGCGCCACUGCCAAUCUUGACGCGCAAUCCCAUCAUUGGAAUCCACUCCCAUCGUGACGAAGAGCACGGCGACGACUUCAUCGUAGCAUCGUACUUGAAGUGGGUCGAGAGUGCCGGUGGUCGUGGCGUGCGCAUCCCGUACAACGCCACAAAGGAGGAACUAGACGUGCUGCUUAAGAGUGUGAACGGCGUGCUGUUCCCUGGAGGAUCGGGCGACCCGAACGCGGCCGCGGAGUACAUUUACAGCCAAGCGAUUGAGUUCAACAACAACGGCGACCACUUCCCCGUGUGGGGCACCUGCCUCGGCUUUGAAUGGCUCGUGGUGCUGCAGGCUGGCAACCACUCGAUCCUGGACCACGUCGAUGCCGACAACGUCAGCUCGACCCUGCAGUUUCACCACAACUUCCAGGGUGAAAGCCGUUUAUUUGGGUUCAGCCACCAUUUUGACGUGUUGGCCACCAAGCCCAUCACUGCCAACUUCCACUUCAACGGGAUCUUAAAGAGUCACUUUGACGCCACCGACAAGCUCACGUCGUUCUACAAUGUACUCGCCACGUCGGACGACCAACAAGGCCAAACGUACGUGGCGGCCUUCGAAGCGAAAGAUUAUCCGAUCUACGCCGUGCAAUUCCACCCGGAAAAGAACCCGUACGAGAUCGGCGAUGACAAGACGGGCGGCACCAUGAACCUCGUGGACCACAGUCAAGAGGCGAUUGUGAUUUCCCAGACGUUUGGGCACUUCUUCAUCGGUGAAGCGCGCCGCAACGGCCACGCGUUCGCCGACCCAGCCGCUGAGCGCGACGCGCUGCUGCUCAACCCGACGCUCUCGAGUCGAUCCUACCCGUACUUUGAGUCGACUUUGACGUUUCCCGUGAAUAAUUAA